AUGGCCCGGAACGUCUACACUCAAGAUCAGCUCAAACGCUAUCUCGAGCACAUCCAAUUCCCAGGAGAUCAUGACUCUGUCCUCCGAGAUGCAUCCAACGACCCCCUCGGCCUCCUCACAAAGCUUCAGAUACACCACAUGAGCCACGUUCCGUUUGAAAGCCUGUCGCUACACUACUCGCGGUGUCGGCUCUUGUCGCUCGAUCCGGAAGAUUUGUUCGUCAAGAUCGUUGAAAAGGGCAGAGGCGGGUAUUGCAUGGAGGUCAACAGAUUUUUUGCCACGGUACUGCGAACUCUCGGUUACACCCUCAUCAGUGCCGGUGGCAGAGUCAGGGGACAGGCUGGAUACAACGGAUGGGACCAUAUGGUCAACCUCGUCACCAUCGGCCAGAAGCGCUACCUGGUCGAUGUUGGCUUCGGGUCCAACGACCCUCCCUAUCCGGUCCCGCUUGAACACGACUACGAGUUCGUAGGAGUGGCACCUUUCCGCGGCCGGCUGCAGUACCGUAGCCUGGACGAGCACUCCGAUCCCAGUCAGAGGGUCUGGGUGUACUCGGGCCAGGACGACGAGAGCUCGCCAUGGAGGGAUCUGUAUGCCUUUGUCGAACUCGAGUUUCUGCCUGGUGACUUUGAGGUCAUGAAUCUCAAGACCAUGACGACGCCACAGAGCUUCUUUGUGCAGAGCGUCAUGUGCAUGUGCACAGUUCUGAAUUCAGAGAAGACGAGGCCGGUUGGUCUCCUCAUUUUGCACAGGGACUAUGUCAAGAAGCGCAUGGGAGACAAGUCCGAGAUUAUAGAAACACUUGGGUCGGAGGAUCAGAGGGUUCAUGCAUUGGAGAAGUACUUCGGAAUUGUCCUCGCUCCAGACGAGCGAAAGGCAAUUCAGGGGCUUGCGAGCGAACUGCGGCCAAGGGCCAAACGCGACCAUGCAUAA